UUUAAGCUGACAGGGCGGUUCUGUGAAAGACUAUCAGGCAGUUGCAGAGUGAGUCUGAGCUGAGCUUCCUGAUUCAGUGUUACCUCCAGCCUCUCGGUGGACAGUGUGCCUGUUCCCCGGGCACAGAGAUGGAACCGCUAGCAGCAGUAGCUGACCCGGAGCCAGAUGACCACCUGAGCCGGGUGAAGGCGCUAACUGCAAAGUUAAAUUUGCAGACGCGCAGACCCUCGUUCGCGGAAUGGCAGCAGAAACUGGAGAGCGAGCCUUGGAAAAGUGGCGAGAGCUGGCAGGUCCAGUCAGGACCAGGCAGUGACAGUAACAUCACCCUGAGCCAGGGAGUGAGCAGCAACAAUGACAUCUCCCUCACCAGCAUCUGUGGCUUCGCCAAUAUCGGAGAGGCGUUGGAAUGGCUCAGGAAGGAGCUGCGAGAGAUGCAGUCUUCAGAUCAUCAGCUUGCUCGGAAGCUAAUUUGUCUCAGGAGAGAGAUUCACAGACUAAAGGUGGAGCAGAUCUGUCAUCAGCACAAGGAGAUGUUGGAUGAUGUAACGUACGAACUGGAGGAAUGUGAAGAAGAGUCAGACUUACUCUUGGAUAUUCCCCUGAAAGCUGUAUUCAGUCUCUCCACACCACUUAAACAUAUCGGAGUGACUAAAAUGAACAUUAACUCCAGAAGGUUCUCUCUUUCCUGAUCUAAGAUAGAGUCGAUUAAUCUUUAGACUAUUAAUAAAAAAAAGUUUGAUCACACUGUGAGGGGAUUGUGCAUUGCAACAUUACCUGUAAGUUAUAGCUGGAGUCAAUUUUCAACUCCACUUCAAUUAGAAGUCGUAUGACAUGAAUUUGGAAAGUCCUGUGGGUCACAUGCAGAGUGGAACUAAAGGUUGUGCAGUUUAAUGAAGCUGAGAUGAUGAGGGUAAUGCUGAUGGAGCUGUGCAUUGUAUUUGUUUUGUGCUUUGUCUCACUGAUGAAUGUUAUUAGUGAUGAAGGUGAUGGACGCCUCAUUAAAUUCUCAAGGGCCAUCGUUAUCAACACAUGGACAAACACACCCCUAAAUCUUACAACAUAUUCUGUACAUAAACAUUUAUCAUAAUCUACUCUGCCAAUAACAAAGAUAAUUAGAUUUAUCUGCAUUUUUGUUCACAUUUUGGUUAGAAAUAUGCUUAUGUAAAAUCAAAUACUGGUAUUCCAACUUGGGCACUGCACUGUAUUAGAAAACUUUUUUCAGUCUGAUUAGUAAACUUCCAAAA